AUGGCCAGGUGUGCAGUAGCCGUUGUGUUCCUGACGACGUUGAGUGUUGUGCUGGUGAGCGGACAGGGAAUUCUCGAUCCUCGCUGCCCGCUGGUGGACCUGGAUCCGAACAACCCGACCCAGCUACCCCACGCCACCGACUGCACCCUGUUCUACACUUGCUCCUGGGGCUACGCAUUCCUGAAGCAGUGUCCAACCGGGCAGUACUUCGGGGCGCAAAUUCAGCGCUGCGACCAUCCGGUCAUUGCCCAGUGCACUCUCGGUGGCACCACCGCGAUCCCCAACCCGACCACCACCACUGUUCCCGUGGUCACCACGGUGCCCUCUGUAACCACCGUAGCCACCGUUCCAACAGUGUCUCCAACAGUGAAUCCAGGAGUCACUACUACUGUACCGGGUGGCACCACCCUCACAACUGCUCCGACGGCUCCGACGGCAUCGAUCCCGACGGCCCAAACAGCAGGACCACCAACUACCACCGUCAGUGGGGCCACCACCGACAGUACCAUCGGCAUUACCAACACCACCAUUCCCACCGUCCCUACGGCCGAAAUCCCCACGGUACCAACGGUGGCGUUCUAG